AUGCAAGCCUCCGGGUGUCCCACCGUGGAAAAAGGCUGCCAGGUGUGCCGAAACAACAUCUUCAAACACUCUGCCUUAGUGCAUCCCCAUCAUCUAUCUCCAAGCGCCGCAAAGGAAAAUCACCAACGACUGAAGCAGUACUCUGCACACUGGAUGCGAUGGGCCUGGGUUGCAGCUGUCAUGGUGAGGUGGAACGCCUACUCCAAGGAAUGCAAUGGUGUCAUCGUGAAAGGAUACCUUGGUGCACGCUUCUGGCACCCCUCCUCGGUCUCCCCCGCGCUCGUCGGCCCUGAAUCCUUCUUUCAUCAGAAACAACGUGGCUAUGUAUGUACAUUCAUGCCCAUGGAAUCUAGAGCGGAAAUGAUUUUGUUUCACCAACAACGUGACAUCUCAGAGAACCACGACGUCGGCAAGCUCCCAGCAGUUUGGUUGAUGGUUCGGCGCAAGGCUAACUUCUACAAUAGUCUCGUCAAGUUUUCCGCGUCGUGUGAGAGGUUCCAUUUCGUAAAAGGAGAGAUGCAGAGAUGCAGAGAUUUUUGCACGGUCUUCGGAAAAUCGCCUCAACUUCCAGUUUUUCAAUCCGCUACGAAUGGGGUAUCUAGAAUUACGAGCGCCGCAAAUGCUGAUGUACCCAAGAAGAAGAGCCUCAAAUGA